AUGCUGAUGAAUUUAAAAGAUAUUUCAUAUUUAUAUCUUGCCAAACUCAUAUCUGAUGAUUAUCAUAUCAAAGAGGUCAACAAUGUUGUGCUUAUUUCAAUCUUUCUGUUCUAUAAAGAAUACGGAAUUAAUUUAAACAAAUCAGCUGAUGUCAAAAAAUAUAAUUUCGACAAUCUCGAUAUUCUCACAGAAAAUACAAUUUACAGGGCAAUCAUGCAUAAUGACUUAGAAAAUUUCGUUGCAUUUACGGAACGAGAUGAGUUUGAUAAAGAUCAAACACUUCCGUGCGAUUUAUAUCCAUCUUCUUACAUCGCAUUUUCAUUACUUGAAUUAUGCUGUUAUCAUGGGGCAGUUAAUUGUUUCAAGUUUUUAAGAACAAAAUUUAAUUCUGAAAUAACUCGAAAAUGUCUACAAUUUUCAUUUUUAUGA